UUACAUAAACGCAGCAUUUGCUCUGCUUUUGGGCACAGCAUACAUUUUACUUGGUAUCCUGUUUUGUUAAUGCAAUUUUGGAAAUUGGCUUACAUCGAAUAUGGCACACUACGAUCAGAGAUGGUUGAAACUCUUCACGGUUAUUGCACUUAUCUUUGCAUGUGCAUUGACAACAGAAGUUGAAGCGAGACGCCGUUCCAAUGCUACACUCACAGCUUGUCAGCAUUUAAGACGAGCGGAAGCACGGCGCGCUAAAGCCUUGUCUGGUCCCUAUGGGUACACAGUGCGCAUACCACGUUGCAACAAAAAUGGCGACUUUGAGUCUAUACAAUGCAGCAAUGAGAAGACAAGUUCCGAUUGUUGGUGUGUUGAUGAAUAUGGUGUGGAAAUUCCUGGUACCUUUAAUGAAACGAAAUUAAAUGUUCAUUGCGAAGAACCUGAAAAUUGUCCAGCUUCUGCUUGUAGAAUGUUUUGUCAGUCUGGUUUUGCUAGAGAUCCAGAGACAGGUUGCAGCAUUUGCCGUUGUCGUGAUCCCUGUGAUGGCUUAGAAUGUCCAAAUGAUCAAACAUGUCAAGUUCAGGAGGUAAAAUGCAAAUCAGAACCAUGUCCUUCAGUACCGACGUGUAAGAAAGCACGUUCUAUUGCUAAUUACUGUCCUGCUGGUAUGCCUUUAGCUAUAGAGGAUAGUAUACGACCUUUCUUAUGUGGACUUGAAGCUGGUAAGCCACAGUGUCCACCUCUCUAUAAAUGUGUAGUCGAAACUGGAAAUGAUUAUGGAGUUUGUUGUCCAAACGCCUUGAAUUUCCAAAAGCCCGGUGUUUGCCCUGCUACUGAUAAAAUAGAAUAUAGUGAACGUACUGGUUACAUGUGUGGAUCACCUUGUACCCAUGAUCUCGAAUGUCCACAUAUGGAAAAGUGUUGCUUUACUAAAGGAUGCCAAUUUAAUUGUCAGAAACCGCACAAUGUAACCACAUGCAAUCAAGCACGAGCUCUCUCCGAUUUGUUAGCUAUAAACGAACGUGAAGGCCGUGGCUAUGCACCUGAAUGCAAUGAUGCAAAUGGUAUGUUUUCACCAAGGCAAUGCUCUCGUAAUGGUUUAGUUUGCUGGUGUGUAGAUCCACGGACUGGACAUAAAAUCGAAGGUUCUAUGGGAGCAGCAAAUAAUGUGAACUGCGAUGGCUGGGAAAAUAUGAUUAGUAGAUCUGUGGGACGUAGUUUUAGCACAGAGCAAUGUGAUACAAAUAUAUGUGCUGCAGUAUGUGAGUAUGGAUUUAAGAAUGACCAUAAUGGCUGUCCCACAUGCGAAUGUGCUGAACCCUGCGAAGGAUUUAAGUGUGCCAUGGGUUCCCAUUGUGAAGUAGCCACUGAUCCACUUUGUCAAUCUGGUUCGGCAUUAUGUGCAUCUUGGCCGGUAUGUAAGCCUGACCUAGCUUACACUAAUCCCUGUGAAAUUGGCACUCCUCUAUCUGAUAAUGCAACCGGGGAAGUAAUGUACUGUUUCGAUGAACGUCAAUCACGUACCUUCCAGCCAGCUGCUUUCUUCGAGCCUGAACCCGAAUCAAAACAGGCGCGUUCUAUGACAAAUCGUAUUAUGUGUCCAGAGAACUACAAGUGCACUAAAUUGCAUCGCGAAGCAGAAAGUAUUUGUUGUCCAUUGCCGGAAGUAACUAAAGUCGAAGAACAACUUUCCCAACAUCAGCAAACCAUGUGUGAAUAUCUGCGCGAUUUUUCUGAACGCAUGGAAGGCACAGAGGAAGGAAUGCAAUUAGCCGUACCGCCGCCUCAUUGCACUGAUGAUGGCAGCUACAAGGAACAACAGUGUGCUAUGCGCAAAAUUAAAGUAACACGUGCAGAACAACGUAAAAUAUUGGAGGAAAAUACAAUCCGUCGGAUGCGUAUGUUACUCGACAGUAUAUCUACUAAUGCACCUCGUUCUAAACGAGAUGUUGCAGACCGCUUGAAGCUUUAUCGAGUUAGUGAUGAUGUUUUGAAGGUACAAGCAGCUGCUCCAGUCAUGACGCGUAGUGCCAAGGUUAUUGAUAUGGGUAGUAAUCGGCAACAACAUCUUGGCGAGCUGUUUGAAAUCGAUUUUAAGAAACAACAGCCAGCAGCAAAGAAGCCAUUGAACGAUAACGAAUUAAUUGAAAUGGAUGUAGAGGAAUGCUGGUGUGUAGAUAGUUUUGGUACAGAAAUUCCGCGUUCACGUAGCUUUAAUGUAUCGAAUGAAAUGUGUGUGCAAUUAAGAGAGCAAAUAGAUUGUUUAGACUUAACAUGUCGCAUGGGUUGCGAGUAUGGCUUUCAAAUAGACCCCAACACACGUUGUCCUGCCUGCCAAUGUCGUGACCCUUGCGAUGGUGUCACUUGUGGUGAUGGCAAAGAAUGUCGUAUUGUAGAUGUUUCAUGUGACGAAGAAUACUGUCCACCAGUGCCAGCGUGUUUGCCACGAAAACCUGGUCAAUGUCCUUAUUUGGUACCACCCGGAUCUGACUUAGAUACAAAUACAUGUGCGUAUGAAUGUCGCACCGAUGCACACUGUGAAGGUAGUCAGCGUUGCUGUUCGAAUGGUUGUGGCACACAAUGCGUGCAGCCACAAAUGAAAACUGCUUGCCAGCAUCUGCAGGGCAUACAAAUUCAUCAGUCCUCGGAAUUGGGCAUACCAGCAAUGAAGAUGCAUAUAGCACAAUGCGAUCCGAUUACAGGAAAAUGGGAAGAGGUGCAGUGUGCACCCGAUGGGUAUUGUUGGUGCGUAACAGAGAAAGGACAAGAAAUAAGUGGAACUCGGAUUAAGGGUAGUAAACCCAUUUGCAAAAUCAAUUCAGCAUUUAAAUGUGAAAUAUUAAACUGUGAAUCGGAAUGCGAGUCUGGGUAUCGCGUAGAUGAGAAUGGCUGUCAAACUUGCGAAUGUCGCGAUUAUUGCAACGAAAUCAAUUGCUCCAGUGAUGAGGAAUGUCAGCUCAUUAAUAUAGAAUGUGUUGAUGCUCCUUGUCCUAAAAUGCCAAUUUGUGUACCUAAACGAGACUCAAUAUGUCCCGAAGGCAACCCGCUUAAACAGGGAGAUACUGAAGUUAGUUGCGGACCACAUAACGAAAAUGAAAUAUGUCCAACAACGCAUACCUGUCAGUUGAAUCCAGUUAGUAAUCGAGGUGUUUGCUGUACGAAAACUAGGGAUGUUUGCUUUGAAUCAAUGGAUAAUAUCUGUUUAUCCACCGGCACUUCUUUACGUAAUUCAACGAGAUAUCGUUUUAGUCCAAAAGCAAAUAAAUGUAUCGCUGUUGAUAUAGAUCUUGACGUAAGUCUCUGUCAGACCAAAAACUUAUUCCACAAUAAACUAGCUUGCAACUCCGUUUGUCCUGUGCUAACGCAAUGCGAACGUCUUAAGUUGAAAAAUCGUCUCGCAGCACAACGAACUGGACACAGCUCAGUAUGGUUCCAACCGAGUUGUGAUCCUGUAACCGGCAAUUGGAGUCCUGUUCAAUGUUUAGGUAAACAACCGGCAUUGGACUCACCGCUACAGAAGCAUCAUGUAGAAGGUAUGAGUCGUGCGUUUGGUAGUGAAAGAAAUGUGACAAUAAUGUCAGAUAUACAAUCACCGUACGGCGUUUGUUGGUGCGCAGAUAAGAAAGGUGCUCCACUUAAAGGUACACUUACACGCGAUAUUGAACCAACCUGCAAUAGUCGACAAGGAAGAGCACAACGUGAGUACACUGAAGGUGAACGAUUAAUGGAAGAUCUUAUUACACAUAUGACGAGUAUAGAUGAGAUAGACAAUGUCCUCGAUUUAGUUGAAGCAUCGAGAGAAGCACAACAAGAAGAGCGUGAAAAAGCUGCCAGAAGUAAGCAUUUGGAACCCGAUAAUGAAGCUGUAGAAAGUACUAAGGAAAGCAUAGCAGUAACAGAACGUGUGUUAGAGUUAUCUAACUCGUUACUAGACUCAAAAUUGAGUGUUGAAACUAUGAAACCCUUACAAGUAAACUCCACACGUUGCCAUGAAUUUGCUAAAACUGCUACAUAUCCAAUUACUUGUGACGAUCAAGGUGGCUUCAUGCCAACACAAUGUGACGAUACUUUAUGCUGGUGUGUUGACGAAGCUGGUAAUCCGUUAAAUACAACCUCCACAUUUCCGAAAGGUCGUGGUCGUUGUUUAAAAACGCCAAUCCACUCGGUAGAUGUAGAGCUACAUAUGCAUAAAGAAACCGAGGAAAAUCCACGUGAUCUCUACGAAAAAGUUCGUGCCGAACUAAUAGAAAUGUUAGGCACAAAAAUGGAAAAUCUGCGAGUACAUGAAAAUGUUGAAGGUAAGUCUGUGGUACGAUUUCAACUGAACGAUGGCAACAAACUACAUGUGGCGCACUCUCUGGAAUCAGCCAUCGCCUCAGGAAAUUUUCAUUUAGUUGGUGGACACUUACAAACUAAUAGUAAUAAUUCACACUUCACGUAUCAUAGUAGAGUUUCAAUGGUUGGGACACCUAUUUUGUCAACAGAAAAUAAUAUGCAAUAUAUUAUUUUUAUCUUGGCGACUGGUGUUGCAUUCUUGGUUAGCGUCUCCAUUGUUUACCUGAUGCUUAAACGAGGAAGUCACAUGGCUUUCGUUAACUAUAUGUAUCCAAUACGUCCAAUCAAAAGCAUUAAGAGUAGUAAGAGCAAAGCAAUUGAAUUUGCAACACCGAUUUUCGUGUUUGAUGCUCAAAAAGGAAAUGAUAGUUCCAAAUCGAAUGUAGAGACAAAGGAGUUACCACCAUCGGUUCCAUAAUAUAGCUUUAUUAAGGUUUUUGCGAUCUUAGAUAUAUAUAAUUACUUGAGUAGGAAAAUCUGUAAUGUUGGCAGAAGAUUAUGUUAGAUUUAUUUGUAGUCAAGAUUGCUUCAAUCAUAAGUUUAGC